GUCUCACAUCGGCUUAUAGUUCUUUUAAAUUGCCAAUCGAUCACCCGAUUUUUUCCAAGUGUAUGUCUGCUCGACAGCCAAGUUUUAUGACCCCUGGGUCCGGUGACCCUUUAGUAACCGUCUGAUCUCUGCGGCUGUGUUCCGCUUAAAACGCUUGAUGCGACAUCGUUACGAGGCAGUUGCUAUCUAGAAUCCACAUCGCAAUGUUCUGGCUCGGAUUCGGUUUCCUCCUUAUCGCGUUAUCCUUGUAUCUGCUAUAUGUCUUCGAGCGCCAGAACAGGAUCGAUCGCCUAACCCACAAUUGGCCAGGUCCACCAGCCUUGCCGUUCAUUGGCCAUCUGCACAUCCUGGCCAAGUUGAUGGGUCCGCAUCCAAUUCGUCGCGCCAGUGAAAUGAUUGGCGAUCAUCUGAAGGAUCAUCGCGGGAAACUGUGGAUGGGCACUAAGCUCUACCUCGUGGACUGCAAUCCCAAGGAUAUUCAGGCGCUAUGCAGUGCCCAGCAAUUGUUGCAAAAGACGAAUGACUACAUGGUCUUUGAGAACUGGCUUUGCGAAGGUCUCUUCACCAGUAAUCACGAGAAGUGGGCCCAUCGGAGGAAGAUCAUCAUGCCAGCCUUUAAUUACGCCAUGGUCAAACAGUUUGUGACUAUCUUCGAGAAGCAGUCAAGGAUUCUUUUGACCAAUGUGGCCAAGUAUUCCGAAUCCGGCGAGGCAAUGGAUUUUCUUAAUCUGGUCAGUUGCUUUACGUUGGAUACCAUUUGUGAAACUGCCCUCGGAGUCACUGUGGGUGCUCAAUCGAACGCCAAGUCAGACUACCUCGAAGCUGUGAAAGAAAUCCUUGUGAUCAUGGAUACACGUCUGAAGAACAUCGUCCUUCGCAGUUCGUUUAUUUUCAAACUGACAUCGCAUUACAAACGAGAAAAGGAACUAGUGAAAAUACUUCAUGGAUUCACGGAGGGCAUUAUCCAGAAGCGUUUGGAUGAGAUCAGUCAGGACGCGGAGAAUUUCAAUACCCAGAGCACUAAAAACGAAGAAAUGGACGAAGUAAAGCGGACCCUCUCCUUUUUGGAUAGUUUGCUCCAGGCAAAGGGCCCCGAUGGUAACCCUUGGUCUGUCAAGGACAUCCGCGAGGAAGUGGAUACGAUUAUAUUUGGUGGCUAUGACCUUACGGCUACCACCCUUAAGUUCUUCAUGUACAACAUGACCCUUUAUCCGGAGUACCAGAAGCGGUGCCGGGAGGAGGUGUGGUCAGUGUGUGGCAGGGACAAAAGUGAACCCAUCUCCAUUGAGCAAGUGCGUCAAUUGCAGUUCAUAGAGGCUUGCAUAAAGGAGACGCUUCGAAUGUAUCCCUCGGGUCCACUCACUGCCAGGAAGGCCACAGCCAACUGCCAAAUCAAUGAAUUCUUCAUUCCCAAAGGCUGCGAUGUGAUCAUUUCCCCAAUCUACAUGGGUCGCUGCAAGGAUUUCUUCCCGGAUCCCUUAGUCUUUAAGCCAGAUCGCUGGGCAAGCGGAGCGAAGGCCAAGAUUGAGGCCACUACUUUCAUACCCUUUAUGGCGGGGGCAAGGAGUUGCUUGGGUCAGCGGUAUUCUAUGGUGAUGCUUAAGAUUGUCCUAGCCCACCUGCUGAGGAACUUCCUGUUUGAGCCUCUUGGCGAGCGACAGGUGAAAAUGAAGCUCAACUUCGUGAUCACCUUGCACACCGUCGAACCAUAUCUUUGUAAGGUUAAAACUAUUGAUUGAGGAUAGCCAAGAGUCUCUUCACCAAAAUCGUUGUGAAUAAAGUUAGUUGAGUUUUUAGUUUUUAUUUUCUGAAAA